ACCCUGUUUAUACGCGGGUAAAGGCUCUGGUCGGUCAACCGAUAGAAUUAGUCGUCUAUAUGUGUGUUUAAUGUAUGGGCCAGUUAUAGUAGUGUGUCCUUUCAACAUGCGACCUUGAAACGUGCUGGAGUUCGGGUGUACAUAGUGUAAACGAUUUAUUAUAAACCUCUUAACUUUUCAUAGUAUAUUGUCAGAGUGAUACCUAGUGUGUACGCGUGUUAACUGCACUGGUUCGACUGCAUCAGACAGAAGCCGAGUGACCUAAGAGGGACAUACGACCAGUUGUGUUCGACCAGCGAUGAUGUACUUACUGACGCUGUUUGCUUGUACAGCCUCUGGAAUCACGUGUGCCGGUGCACUACUCAAAAACGACUAUGUAGGAGCUCUAUUAGACAGAUAUGGUACCAAUGGGAUGGUGUCAAAAGAAGGAUUUUACGAGCUCAGUACUAAAAUAGGACUGGACCCUUCGUAUGUCUCCGACGAUAGUACGUGUAACAUUACUGCCGAUACCACGUGUACUCGCAGGUGUUUGGGGUACAAGGAUAUAUUUCAAACGUACUCAGGCACUUCUGGUCUGAACAGCACCACUCUAACCCAUUCUUUGUCCGCCAUUAUCUACUCUGUACAAGAUCACCACUGUCACCAUGGAAAUGAGGAGAAGGAAAUGGAGGAGGCAGAGAAGCCAAGCUCGGCUGAAGCAUGGGGGUACGGUAUUGCAUCUGCAUCUGUCAUCGUCUUCAUUUCCAACAUAGGAGUAUUUUUCAAGCCGUGUAUGAAAUCCGUGGGAUUCCAGAGGAUCAUGUACUUCUGUGUGGCCCUGGCCGUUGGAACAUUAGGUGCUACAGGACUUCUAGUACUUAUUCCAGAGUCUCUGGGUAUUACGGGAGCAGACAGCCCAAUCCCCGACUACAAAUGGAAACUAAUCACUGCAAUUGCUGGUAUUUACGUUUUCUUUCUGGUGGAACGAUGCAUCAACUGGCGAGCAAAAAACAAGAAAAAGAGUAAAGAUAUUGACUUAUCAGAAGGCGAGUCAUUACAGAAAAACGAUGUCCAUGGCCACUCACACGGGGCUAAAGGUGAAGUGGCCACUGUGGCAUGGACACUCCUCCUUGGUGACGCUUUACACAACAUUUCGGACGGCCUCGCUAUGGGAGCUGCUUACACGGAGAAUGUGGCUUUGGGAGUCAGUGUAUCGCUAGCUAUCCUCACUGAGGAACUGCCGCACGAGCUGGGUGAUAUAGCCAUUCUCUUGCAUUCUGGAAUGACAAUCAAACGAGCUUUAUUCCUCAACUUUCUGGCUGCUGUGACGAUAUACAUGGGCCUCAUAAUAGGGGUCGUCGUUGGAGAGAACACGGACGCAAACACAUACAUUUUUGCCUUUGCUGGGGGCCUCUUUGUUUAUAUAGCCCUUGCUGAUAUGAUUCCAGAAAUGAAUAACCAGGCCAAUCAAGCAGAAAACAUAGGACAGGACAGUACUCGCGUCGUGUUUGUCCUACAGAAUCUUGGCCUUCUCAUUGGGUUCGCCAUAGUCAUUCUGAUAACAGUGUUUGGUGGUAAUAUUGCUGUAUAAAAUAACCAGAAUGUCCACAAACUGAAAACGAGGCUUACAAGUUUCGACGUGUUAAAAUUGUGUUAAUGUAUAUUAUAUUUUACAUGCGCGUGACCAUCAAACCAAAUCGUUACAGAUUUUGUUGAUAUAUUUUUACACUUUUUCUGUAAUGUUGAAUAACAGCAACUCCUGAAUAUAUUAGCAGCAGGUCUACACAUAGUAACAUAUUACGCUAAUACCUCAUCGUUAUAGCCAUGGUAGCAAAAACGAACAACAAACGGUAUGAAAAUAUAAGAAAUGUGAAUGAGAGAGGAAUGAAAAAGGAAUAUAUAUAUAUUGAGCGCUUCAUAUUUUACUAUUUGAUAUAAAUGCUUGCGUUUAUCUCCUCAUCUUCAAUACAGUAUACUGGAAUAGACUUAGACGUUGUAUAGAGCUGAAGGGGGGAGGGAACAAUGUCAUUCCUAACUGUAUUAAUAGCAUUUGGAUAUAUGAAUACACUAGGCUGUGCCUACAUAUUGUCUCUAUCGUCACGACAAUAAAACGUGUCUCAUCACCAAGCGGGUUUCGAAGCAUUACAAAUUUAAAGAUCGUUGGCGGGAAUUUAUGUGGUACCCCCACCACAUAAUAGGGGAUUUUCGAAUGUGUCUUCUUAACGGGAUCAAAGAAGAAAUUAAAGUUGAGCUGCUGCCACAGUUGCGUCUUUUGGAACUUUUGUCUUUUCUUCUCUUACUUACUCCUUCCUUUCAGCAGUUCUUCCCUAGGUACAUGUAUUUGUAGUAUCUGCCAGUCACUUCUGUCUUUAAGUGAUGUCUCCUUUUUCCCGUGUGCCCCUCUGUCCCGUCUUUCUCCCCGCCGGUUUGACUACCUAAUAGUUUCACCUCGUCGACAUCUUCCCUGAAACUCUGUCGAAACCUGCUUCAGCUGCAUACAAGUGAUAUAUUGCUUAUCAACGGUUCACUUCUUUCGAGUACAAAUCCUCAACGUCAAAACGUCUUGGAACAUUAGCGCUCUGAUGACUUUUUCCUGCACGUGCUUUAACUCAAAAACGUUGUCCUCCACUAAAUAUUCCAAACACGUCUUGUCCCUGUGUGCACGUGUUGCUCCCUUCUAAUUCCCGACUCUGGACUCCACUCUACAGUUUUUAUGUUUGAAUAACAAUUUACAGAGACACUGCUAUAUCUUUAACGUCCAAAUACUAAAGGUAACUUCAAACUUCGCUUUGAAGUUACACCACGUAACAUAUCGACAUCAUUUCAAACACUUUAAUGGGGUGUAACUUCAUGUAAACCCAAAGAUUGGGUUAUUUAUAAGUACCUGACGAUUCACAGGCAUAGUUGCUAAUGUAUUUACGAAAAGAUGAUACUAAAAGGGAUCGAUGCAGUUUUAGGAAGCUAUUGAAAUACCUAUUUAUUGUUUAAGAUAGCAUAAUACAAAAUGUCAUCACAAUCAUGCUGUAACUGUAACCAAACCAUUGAAUAUACAAACAAGUCGUUGUUAAUGUUACAUAUACCUUAGGCUAAUUGUCUGUUAGUGAUAUCUCCAUAGCAUUUCUGUCUUUCGGUCAAGGAACAAAACUCAUAACUUUUCUCGACUUGCCGCACGGUAGAUACUUAAGCCAAAAGCGAUAUUUUGUCAUUUAAGGCCAACAAGAUAUGUUCGAAAGAAGAAAACAAAGGAUCCCAAUACCUAAAAAGCAAAUCCCCGAUUCUGCAGAGGGUGCUCACAUUAGUCGCCUCUUACAAAUCACGCAGUGGAAAACAGCGUAUGUAUUAUUUUCUGAAUCAUCCACAAGCAUGGGAAAAAUGAAAAAGUGGGGAGUGGUGUAAAAGAUGUGUAUUGUACAUGGUGUCGUGGGGAUUCGUCAGCUCAGUGGUAAAGCGUGGGAGAAGAAGAUAUACGGUCGCUGGUUCGAUCCCCAGCGGAAGCACGUUCACUUCGCAUCAGACCUAUUACACUUCCAAUAUGAUGCAUUAGGGAGUAUUUAAAUUCUUGGAAAGAUUGAGAUCUUUAAAUAACGCGAUAAUUAUUUACAUGAGUAAAGCCGUCUGUUUUCGUGAGUUGUAGAGGUAAAGUAUGUUUUAUGAUCGAAUUCCGGAGAGCUUUAUUAUAUGUUUGCCAUAUUAGAAAUAACAGGAACACGUGUAAUAAUGAGGGCAGCUUGAGUUAUUUUUAACGCGUACCAUAAAAAUCCACUUUUCUUCAUUCCGGAUUUUAUAUUUGUUUCCGGGAGUUGUCUGGUUGUUUUGUUAGUUGUGUACACUAGUAUAUUUCGUUCCGGAUGUUAUAUUUUCCGGAAGUCCCGAUUUUAUAUUUACCGGAAGUUGUCUGGUUGGUUUGGUUAGUGCUGUACUGCAGUAGUACAUGUACAUAUCACGGACUUAGAUAACUAAUCUAAUUACGUGUACAUAUAUAUUGAACAAAAUUCUUUGUUGAUAUAGAUAACAAAGCAAUCUGUAUGAAUGAAAUACAGCUUUAUAAAUAGGAAAUUAAUUUUUGGUAUAUCUGCCGCGAAAAUAGGUGUUUGAAAAAAGGCAACUAGCUACUCGUCAUUUACCCGAACCUGGCGCCAAUAUUACGUCCAGUAAAGUACCUGUUCAAUUGUU